AGUGGCUUUCUACCUUAUCCAACAAUGUUCUUACUGCAGACAAGAAAGAACUUGAAAUCAAUAAAAUUGAAAUUCAAAAUGUCGACUUUUUUGGUUCAAGAAUUGGAUUUGUUAAAUUCAAAGUAGAUGCAAAACUCAUUGAAAAUGGAAGCAAUGUUCCUGGAAUUGUUUUUAUGAGAGGUGGCGCAGUCGCCGUACUACUAAUUCUCCGAUCCAAGGAUCCAAAUAGCCAAAUUUUAAAGGAGCAUGUUGUUAUUACCUAUCAACCACGUUUGCCCGUCCCAUCUUUUAAUUUCCCAGAGAUACCUGCAGGAAUGCUCGAUGGAUCGGGCAAUUUCACCGGAAAAGCUAGCGAAGAAAUUAAAGAAGAAACGGGAAUUGAAAUAAGAGAUCAAGAUCUUAUUGAUUUGACCGAACUGGCCUAUGGAAAUAAAUUUAGAGGAGCGUAUCCAUCGCCCGGUGGUUGUGAUGAAUUCUUAAGAUUAUGCUUGUGUAUUAAGGAAAUGGAUCACGAAAAAGUUAAAAGUUUAGAAGGAAAACUCUGUGGGAUACGAGAUCAUGGAGAAAGCAUUACAGUUGGAUUGGUAGAGUUAGAUGAUCUAUGGAAAAUUCCCGAUAUGAAGGCAUUGUCGGCCCUAACUUUGUAUAAAGCACUAAAAAAGAAUGGCCAACUUUAA